CUGAUUUUUGAAGGCUGAGAAAAGAAAAAUCUUUUUGGACUUCUACAUUAUAAUACAAGGGUUAGGAAAUAGGUCAGAGAGAAAGAAUAUGAUGCCAGGAGAGAGGUUAGCACACGAAGUGUAAGUCACGAAGUUUCGCAUUUGGAAAGUUGCUGCGGAGGGCGGAAGAAGGGAUGAAGUCCAGCGACACCACAAAGAAGUAUCUGAAAAACUUAGCAGCUGGUGUGGCCUGAAGAUCGGAAGUAAAACGUGACACCAGAAUUAUGAAUCUGAGACCAGGGAAAAGUGGCCACACCUUGAUAAGAAAUGAGGAACUUGGGAAAGUAGAUCAGUUUGGAGGGGGAGGGGAUGCAUUCACUUUCACAGGUGGAGAUGUCUGCCCAGAGGUUAGUUUCUAAUGGGACGUCCCAUCAAUCUGCAUCUAAUUCUGAUUACACCUGGGAAUAUGAGUAUUAUGAGAUUGGACCAGUUUCCUUUGAAGGACUGAAGGCUCACAAAUAUUCCAUUGUGAUUGGAUUUUGGAUUGGUCUCGCAGUCUUUGUGAUUUUCAUGUUUUUCGUGCUGACUCUGCUGACCAAGACAGGAGCCCCACACCAAGACAAUGCAGAGUCUUCGGAGAAGAGAUUCAGAAUGAACAGCUUUGUGUCAGACUUUGGAAGGCCAAUGGAACCAGAUAAGGUCUUUUCUCGACAGGGCAAUGAGGAAUCCAGGUCCCUCUUUCACUGCUACAUCAAUGAAAUGGACCACUUGGACAAGGCCAAAGGUGGUCUCCAGACCACAGCCCUUGACAGUGAAGUUCAACUUCAGGAAGCCAUCAGAUGCAGUGGGCAGCCAGAGGAGGAGCUGAACAGGCUCAUGAAAUUUGACAUCCCCAACUUCGUCCACACGGACCAGAACUCCUCCUUUGGGGAAGAUGAUCUCCUUAUUUCAGAACCACCUAUUGUUCUAGAAAAUAAGCCAGUUGCCCAGACCUCACACAAAGACUUGGAUUGAGAGGCAUGUAUUGUAAAGUGUCUUCCUGAAGAUGUUGGGUCUGUCUUUGUAUAGCAAGAAAUCUUCAUUCACCAAGAUUAUGUGUGGUUGUGUAUGAGAUACAGAGAGAGAGACAGAGAGACAGAAAGAGAGAGAAGAGAGCCCCCUCGGAAGAAUGUUGAUUAAGCUGAGUGUUUAUACCUUUAAACACAUUUGGGGCUUUUUGAGGAACCGAGUAUUUACACUGUCUCAUCCUCCUUGUCAUUGAAAAACUUGGCCACGUAUUCAGUGUCAGUGUUCUUGAAUGGGGUUUGGCAUAUUGCAUUCCUACCUGCCACUACCACGCUCUACCUUCAGCAAGUUGCUUUGCCUCUCUGGGCUGCCACCUUUUUAACUGUAAGGUCUGCGGUAGAUGAUCCAUUCCAGUUCUAAUAUUUUGUGAAUUUAUUGUUUUGUAUUCGGAUGAGGCUGGAUAUACCCAAAGCAGUAUAAACCAGGGCGCUGCCUCUUAGCUCUUGUUGUAGCAUCCCCCAGGUCUGUAACUCCCACUCAACCCUUAACUGAGCCCAGCUUUUGUCAGGGGCCUGAGCAUCUACCGGGACGUCAGGAGUCUCGUUUCUCAUGGUCACUGUGGCUAGCAUUUCUAUUGCUUGUGCUGAAACAGCAGUUCUGAGACCCUACAGCCACCCACGCUCAAACCUGGAGACAGCCCUGCCCCUCCUCUCCUGGGAUGAGUACCAAUGCAUGGUACAUUGUAGGACAAUCCUGUCCCCAGAAAUGUAUGGAAGGUUGUCAGCUGGGUGAGGGGAGGUGCCCCCUGUGUCUCUGUGUUGGUGUAACUGUGUCUGGUCACACUACUGUGCCAUUGGCUAGUGAACAAGAAGAGUGCUAUUUGCUAGGCUGUCUGUUUACCUGGCAGAUGUGGCAGUGAUGGUCAUGUGGCUAGUGUGUGGGCUUUGAGCUGGAAUGGUGAAUGGGUUAUAAAUACCCCAUCAACAGAUAUUCAAGGUGGCCUGGGGCAACCCAGAGUUAAUUUCGUGAAGGAAUCAAACCUGCACACUGUUUUGGAAACGACUUGGUUUUGCACAGUCAUGCUGCAUGCAUGGCCAGCUGCUAAUCUCUGGGUGGCAUUUUCAUUAUGGAUUUGUUUACCACCUGUCUUGCUUAAGCUGAAAAAUAAAUCCAUAUACUGCACCAGAAUUUUCUCAGCUUCUUUGCUUUCACAUCCAAUUUCAUUUAAAAAUGAUUCCAUGUUUAUAGUGUCUCAAUUUCUAUCAUCUCUAGGAUCCCAGUGGUCUGAGUCAUGCACCAGAUUUCAUUUAGGAAUUAUUCCACCAAAAGAAACCCCUUUCCCAUAAUGUCUUUUGAGGAAAAUAUUAUUCUUUAAGAAUCUAACACUAAACAGUAGGACAAAGCAUGGAACAUUUCUUGUAGUUAACACACAGUCUUGCAAAAAGAAACUUGCUAUUUUCAUUAAACUUGCUAUUUUCAUUCAUUAAAAUGUUGAUUUUAAUAACUUUUACUAAUGCAAAUAUUAUUAAUAACUUAAGUAACAAAAUUUAAACCAUGGGUUAUUUAUUAUUAAGAUUCAAAACUAUUUAAGUGGUAUCUUAUUUAGAAAUAGAUUUAUUAGAAGACUGAAGGAUAUUCAAAAGAUAGAAAAAUACCCAUGAUGAUACCAUCAUUUUUGUUAAUUAAAUGUCAAGAACUGUGACAGGUCUAAGAUUUGACCCCUUUCGAAAGCUAGCAAGUUAGCAUGACACAGUUCUGUGGAAGCUGGCAGGAGACACAAGACUCCUGGGUCAGAUACAAAGAACUUUAUGACCACACAGCAGGCAACACAUGCAACAUGUUCAUCGGUUCCUGAAUCAUUUCCUGUUGCUGUUGUAACAAAGGACCACAAACUCAGUGGCUUAAAGCAACCUGCGUUUAUUCUCUUACAGCUCUAGAGUGCGGAAGUCUAAGAUCGGUGUCAGUGGGCCAAAAUCAAGGUGUCCUCAGGGCUGUGCCCCAUGCAGAGGCUCCAGGGAAAGACCCAUUUUCUUGCCUUUUUCAGCUUCCCGAGGCUGCUCACACUCCUUGGCUCAAGGCCCUGUAUCACUGUCACCUCUGCUUCCACUUUACAUCUCUGUCUCUGACCAUCCUGCUUCUCUCCUAUAAGGACAUUUGUGAUAACAUUGGAUUAUCUACAGUAAUCUCCCAUCUCAAGAUCCUUAACUUAAUCACACCUGCAAAGUCCCUUUUGCCAUGCAAGGUAACAUAUGCACAGGUUUUAGGGAUUAGGAAAGGACAUUUUGUUUGGGGGGGGGGGCGUGAAUUAUCCUACCACAUUCUUCUCUUUGGCCCCAAAGAUUCAUGUCCAUCCCACAUGCAAAAUACAUCCAUCUUAUCCCAACAUCCUUCAAAGUCUCAAAUAUUACACCAUGAAAUCAAAGGCCAAUAUAUAGUCAAAAUAGUAUCAGCUCAGAAGUCCCAAAUGACAUCACCUUAUUCAUCUAAGUCAGGUAUGGGUGAGACCCUUUGUAUGAUCCAUCCUGGGGAAAAAGUCUCCAUCUGUGGACCAGUAAAACUAGAAACAAGUUAUCUGUUCAUAAAAUGCAAUGGUGGGACAAGCAUAGGUUACCAGUUCUAGACAUUCCUGUCCAAAAAGGGAGAAACUGGAAAGGAGAAAGGAGUCACCAGUUCCAAGCAAUUUCAGAAUUCAACCGUGCUAAUUCCAUUAGGUUGCAAGGCCCGUAAAUAAUCUUCUGUGGCGCAUGGCUGCCCUCUGGGCCUGCAGCUCUACCCUUGAAAUUGUCCUUCCUUUUUCUUGAAGGGUAGAAUGUAUUUGUAACUGAGUAGUUUAUCAACCUGUUCCCUGAAUGUAAAAUUUGGGGGAGUCUGCCAGCCUUCUUUCCUCUUGUUCUGUCUCUGUCCCCAAGUUGGCAGUGUUUCUGCUGGUAUAACAUUCUCAAGAACAUUGUGAGUCUCCUCAAUAUGUCACAUGUGCUCAUUCCAUCAGACAAGAGGCGUAAAUUGCAUCACAGAGUCAUUCUUUCUUGAGGCAGGGGCAUGACCUUUGGUAAACCAAGCCAGUCAGGGUAAGGCAACUUCUACUUUGACCAAAGGGCAAUUGUCUAGAGAAGGAGGCACUAGUAGGCCAGCAUCCCCAGCAGCUGGGAAUAACACACUGGAUAGUAAAAUCUGGGUAGGACACCACCAGCACCCUUAUAAACAAUAACAGGUGACAUUUAUUGGGCACUAAGUGGCCUCUGUGUUAAGUUAAUUUUUUGUAAACUUACAGUGAGAACUCUCAACACAGAGGCUUAAAGAAUCCUUUUAAAUAGGAGUUAAGUCAGGAUAUUUCUCUGCUCAAAAUCCUGCAAUGGCUUCUCAUUUCACUCAGUGAAGAAGCUGGAGUCCUUGCAAUAACCUCAAAGCUUUCCUCCCCCCACCCCCUCGGCUGAUCUCAUCUCCUGUCCCCCCACCCCGGCUCACUCUGCUCCAGACACAAUGGCCUCCCUGCUGUCCCGUGAAGACAGCAGACAUGUACCCAUAGGGCUCUUGCCCUGGCCGGUCUCUCUGUCUGGAACACUCUUGCCCUAGAUAUUCACAUGGCUCCUCCCUCACUUAUUUCAAGUCUUUCCUCAAAUGCCUUUUGUUGUGGGUCAGAUCGUGUCUCCCCCCCGCCAAAUUCAUAUGCUGAAGUCCCAACCCCCAAUACUUCAGAAUGUGAUCUUAUUGGGAAAUAGGAUUGUUGCAGAUGUAACUGGUUAAGAUGAGUUCAUUAGGGUGGGCCCUAAUCCAAUAGGACUUGUAUCCUUAUAAAAAGGGGAAAUGUGGACACAGAGACAUGCAUAGAAGGGAGAUGAUGGAUGGGAAGAUGUAGAGAGAAGAUGGCCAUCUACAAGCCAAGGAGAGAGACCUGGAACAGAUUCUCCCUCCCAGUGUCGAUUCCAGUCCUCAGAAGGAACCAACACUGCUGACACCUUGAUUACAGAUUGCAGCCUCCAGAACUGUGAGACAAUAAAUUUCUGUUGUUUAAGGCACCCAGUUUGUGGUUCUUUGUUACAGAAGCCCUAGCAACAAAUACCCCCUUCUCGAUGUUCUUAAUGAGGCCAACUCUGGCCAUCUCACUGUAAACUGGGGACUGCAUUUCCCUUAUCUCUGCCCCGGCACCCCCAUUUCCCAGACCAUAUUCUAUUGCUCUUUCUCUACAGCGCUUAUCACCUAUCAUACUCUACAGUUCACGUGACUAUUCUGUCUGUUGUUUAUUUUCUGCUCCUUCUACUAGAAUAUAAAUUCUGCAAGGACAGCGAUCUUUAUUUUGUUCACUGAUAGGUCCCAAGUGGCUUGACCGGUGCCUGGAACACAGUCAGUGGUCAAUAAAAAUUGGCUGGAUGGAGGGAGAGACUGUUUCUUGUAUUUACAGGUCAGAGAACUAAGGCUCUGGGAAAUUCAGUAUUUUGCUCGGGCACAGAACCAGUAAAUGGCCAGUCAAGCUGGGUGUCAAGUAAAUAGUGAAUGUGGGGAAGGCUUGAAUGAUUCCCGUUCUGUUGGUUAAUAUUCCUCUGGUAUAUCUUUUGUUCUAUCUCUAACUUUUGACCUCUCUCUGUUAUUCUUUUAAACUUUCAAUCUGUUUUAAGUUUAAAUGUUGCUUUGUUUCAGAUUAACAAAUGAAAUUUAUAAAUUUUAAUUUGUGAGUUUAUUUCAUCUAAAUAUACUGUGAUUACCAAUGAUGUUUUAUUUCUAGCAUUUUAUUUUGUGAUUUCUAUUUACUUUGCUUUUCUCCUUUCCUGCUUUAUACCUUGCAGCUGUGGUUAAGAGCAUGGGGUCUAGAGAUAGCCUGUCUGGGCUUGGUUCCAUCACUUGCUAACUGUGCAGUCUUCACCAGGAUACCUAAUCUCUCUGAGAUUCACUUCCUUCAUAUAUAAAAAGGGAUACUAUCCACCUCAAAGCUUGUGAGCCUUAAGUGAUGAAAUAUAUAAAGAACUUUUAGAAUAGUGACUGGCCUACUCUGAAGGCUUUAUUUUGGCCCCUUUAUUUUUAUUCUCUUUUUAAACAAUUAUUUUAGAGAUUACCCUUGAAUUUUAAUGAACUUACUAGAUAUUGCAAGUUAAAAUGUUGUUUAACCCACCCUGUGAAUUGUUUUAUUAUUAGUGUAUUUUAUUUAUUUUUUAAUUUAAUUUUUAUUUUAUAUUGGAGUAUAGUUGAUUUACAGUGUUGUGUUGGUUCAGGAAUACAGCAAAGUGAUUCAGUUAUGCAUAUACAUAUAUCCAUUCUUUUUCAGAUUCUUUCCCCAUAUAGGUUAUUACAAAAUACACAAACAGCUCAUGCAGCUCAAUAUCAAAAAAACAAAUGACCCAAUCAAAAAUUGGCAGAAGACCUAAAUAGACAUUUCUCCAAAGAAGAUAGACAGAUGGCCAAAAAGCACAUGAAAAGAUGCUCAACAACACUAAUUAUUAGAGAAAUGCAAAUCAAAGCUACAAUGAGGUAUCACCUCACACCCGUCAGAAUGGCCAUCAUUAAAAAGUCUACAAACAAUAAUUCUGGAGAGGGUGUGGUGAAAAAGGAACUCUCCUACACUGUUGGUGGGAAUGUAAAU